AUGAGCGAAACAGCUGCACCUAAAAAGAAAGCGGUUUAUAAAAGAGUGAAUAAAGUAGCGGAGGCUGCUGUGGAUGGCAUGGAACCGGUGGUUAAUACAAUAAAUACAAUUUGUGCCGGAGUAGAAGCCGCGGCAAAUGUAGCAGUACCAUUUGCAAAUUUUUUACCACUUAUAGGAGAGGUAUCUAGAUUACUUAAAGAAAUUGUAGAUAUAUAUCAAACAGCAGAGCAUAAUAAAAGAAUAUGUGGUGUAAUGUUAGAUAGAGUAACCAUAGCUGAAUCUGCUAUAAAAAAUUUAAAAGUUCGUAGAGAAGAGAAUGAAGAUUUUUUUUCAGAAGAAAAUUAUAUUAAUUUACAAAAAUUAGUUACCGUGGUUGGUAAAAUACGUAAAUUUUUAGCAGAAAUUUCUCAAUUAAAGGGAUUACAAAAAUAUAUUCAAGCUAAAAAUAUUGAAAAGACUACAAUGGAUUUAAAUAAAGAAUUUGAUUUUACCAUUCAACUUUUGGAAUUUGCUUUCAUGGUUGAUUUUAGUGCACGUAAUGAUAUUGAUAAUAAAAAGAUCAAAGCUGAUAUCGAAGAUUUAUCUGAGUAUCUUCAAGUAAUCGGAGGUGGUCUAACUGAUACGAAUAAAAAUGUCUCCGAUCUGGUUGUACAAUUGAGCGUACUUAAUAAAACAAUAAUGGACAAAACUGAAACUAAUAUAUUUCAAAAUGAAUUACUUCCAUAUAAUGAUUUUGAUGAAACUGAAGUUGAUGAAAAUAUUGGUAAAAAAAUAAAAAAAUUUAAAAGAAUAAAAAAUGGAAUUAAUGAUUUCGUUGCAUUAAAAUUAGUAGCAGAUGAAAGUAGUAACGAAGAAGCUAAGAAUAAUAUUAAAAAUCAAGUUACAAUUUUAAGAAAAUUAGAAGAAUGUCAUAAUAUUAUUCAAUUUUUUGGUUUAACUACUACUGAUGGUAAUAAAUGGUUUUUAGUAACUGAAUGGGCUGAAUAUGGUAAUUUACGUGAAUUUUAUAAUACUUAUGGUCCACUUGAUGUUAAGGUGAAAUUAUUAUUUGCUCUUGAUAUUUCUAGAGGUUUAAAUUUCUUGAGAGCUGUUGAGAUUGUUCAUCGUGACAUAAGAGCCGAGAAUAUUUUAAUUACGGAUCAUCAAACAGCCAAGAUUGCAAAUUUUAAUUCAAGUAGAGCCGUAACUGAUGUUACAAAAAAUCACAAAACUACAUUAGAAUGUGUUCGAUAUUGUGCUCCAGAAAAAUUAGAAAGAUUAGGAUCUCAAACUAAAUAUGAUACAAAGAGUGAAAUUUAUAGUUUUGGUAUUUUACUUUGGGAAAUUGCCGAAGAAAAAGUUCCUUAUGCGGAUUAUAAAGAUAUUAUGGCUAUUACUGAACUUGUUGGUGAAAAAAAAUAUCGUGAACCAUUUUCUGAAGUUUCUCCUUUACCAAAAGAAUAUCAAGAUAUUGCGAAAAAAGCUGUUGAUCAUGAUCCCAAUUAUAGACCUUCAUUUACAAGGAUAUUUACCGUAUUACAAGAACUUUUUUCGAAAAAAAGUAGACCACCACCAUCACCUCGUAUAAAUUCUUCUGAUUUUAUGACCAAUAAUACAUUAAUAUGA